UUUUUUAAGGCGUUACUCGGCGAACUUGGCUUUUUAAAUGAGGAUGUCGCUAAGCGUGGUGCGGAGUGCGCGGAGCUUGUGGCGGCUUUCAGCUUUACGUUGUUCUCUAAACUUACUAAGCCGCCGUUCGAAUGCUUCGCUUUAUUUUCAGUUUUGGGACGUUCGUCAAAUCUGUCCCAUGUUUAUGAUUAUAUUCCUGUAAUCGCCGUCAAUCGCUAUCCCCUCUUUCCAGGCUUCAUCAAAAAAGUUGACGUAGUGCAAGAUGAGCCUUUGAAAGAACUUUUAAGAAGAAAAGUGAAAAUGCGACAGCCAUAUGUCGGUGUAUUUGUCAAAAAAGACGACGAGAACAAAGCGGAGACUGUUUCUUCAUUAUCAGAUCUUUACCCUGUUGGCUCUUUUGCGCAGAUUAUUGAGUUUCGAGAUUUGGGAGCCAUAGUAGAGGUAAUAUUAUCAGCACAAAGAAGAAUACGUAUUUUGGAGUCAGUUGAUGAUAGUGCACCUGAUGGCACCGCGUUAAAUGGUCGGCGUUCUUCUCAGCAACGUCGCACUGGGAAAGUCUCUAAGUCUAAAGAAAAGACAGAGAAAGAAGUAGAUCAAGAAAGCGAAGCAAUUCAACCAGAGCCUACUAUUAUUUUGGCUCGAACAGAAAACUUUGUAGCAGAACCUAUCGAAAGUACCGUUGAAAUGAAGGCAACCAUGCAAGCCAUUGUGCAGACUAUCAGAGACAUCGUGCAGUACAAUCCUCUUUUUGGUCAACAGAUAAACCUUUUAUUACAUCCUUCACAAAAUGUCAUUGACAACCCCAUUUAUCUUUGUGAUUUGGUUGCCACUCUCGUGCAGAGCGCCGACACCGCUGAUUUACAAGAGAUGAUGCAAGAAAUUAGUGUGAAAAGAAGACUUGAAAUGGCUUUGCUCUUGGUAGAGAAGGAGAAGACGUUAGCAAAGUUGAAGCACGACAUCAAUAAAGAUGUCGAACGUAAAGUUCAAGAACAGCAUCGGAAAUACCUUCUUAAUGAACAGUUGAAAGCCAUAAAGAAGGAGCUGGGCAUUGAGAAGGAGGACAAAGUUGCAAUUGCGGAGAAAGUGGAGGAACGGAUAAAAGAUUUGAAAGUUCCAGAACAUGUAAUGAAGGUCAUUAAAGAAGAGCAGACUAAGUUGUCGUUUCUGGACCCGCAUUCCAGUGAAUUUUCAGUAGCUAGGAACUAUCUCGAUUGGUUGACCGGGUUGCCGUGGGGCAAGACUUCGAAGGAAACGUUAGAUCUUGAAUUUGCCAUUACAGUUCUAGAUGAGGAUCACUAUGGAAUGAAAGAUGUGAAGGAACGGAUACUGGAAUUUAUUGCAGUAGGUAUUUUGAAGAAGAAGGUCAGUGGGAAAAUUUUGUGUUUUUAUGGUCCACCAGGUGUCGGAAAGACAAGUAUUGCAAAGUCAAUCGCUCGAGCGUUGAAUAGGGAGUACUUCCGAUUCUCUGUUGGCGGUAUGACUGAUGUAGCGGAAAUCAAAGGACAUCGACGUACUUAUGUGGGUGCUAUGCCUGGAAAAAUGAUCCAGUGUUUAAAGAAGGUCCAAACAGAGAAUCCGUUGGUACUGAUUGACGAAGUAGAUAAGAUAGGCGGUGCAGGGUUUCACGGAGAUCCUGCAUCUGCUCUGCUGGAAUUGCUAGAUCCGGAACAGAAUCAUAAUUUUAAUGAUCAUUUUUUAGAUGUUCCUGUUGAUCUCUCUAAGGUACUAUUUAUUUGCACCGCAAAUGUUCUGGAUACCAUACCUGGUCCACUGAAGGAUCGUAUGGAAAUGAUUGAAGUGUCUGGUUAUGUCGCUGAAGAAAAACUUAGUAUUGCGACCAACUACUUGGUGCCACAAUGCCGCAAUGACAGUUCCCUCACAGAGCAACAGUUGGUUAUUUCUUCUGAAUGUCUGCAAGCUUUAAUCAAACAGUACUGUAGAGAGUCUGGAGUAAGAAACCUACAGAAGCAUAUUGAAAAGAUAUUUCGGAAAGCAGCGUUUCGUAUAGCUGCUUCGAAAGCGCAAGAAAGUGCUAAAUUGCCUAUUGUGGUUGAUACUGACAAUUUAGAAGAGUUUGUUGGACGAGCUAAGUUUACAAGUGACAGGCUAUAUGACGAAACUCCUGCAGGAGUUAUAAUGGGUCUUGCUUGGACUGCUAUGGGCGGAUCUGCUUUAUACAUAGAGUCAACACUCAGACGACGCUUUAUAUUUGGGUCUGAUAAAAGCGAUUCACCUGACCCAACCGGUCACUUGGGUGAGGUUAUGAAGGAGAGUAUCCAAACGGCCUACACUGUGGCUAAAAAUGUUAUAUCGAAGAAGUUUCCAGAGAACGAUUUUCUGGAAAGGGCCCAUAUCCACGUUCAUGUGCCUGAGGGAGCGACUCCCAAAGACGGGCCUUCGGCUGGAUGUACUAUAACUUCGUCGCUUUUGUCAUUAGCUCUCGACAAACCCGCUCGACAGAAUAUUGCCAUGACGGGCGAGAUAUCUCUUACUGGCAGGAUUUUGCCUGUUGGCGGGAUCAAGGAGAAAAUUAUAGCUGCAAAGAGAGCCGGUGUCAAUUGCGUGAUCUUACCAAAAGAAAACCAAAGAGAUUUCGAUGACUUACCAGAUUUUGUGAAGCAGGAUGUCGAAAUUCAUUUUGUAUCAGAUUAUGAUGAAAUUUUCAAAAUUGUUUUUCCUUGUCUGUCUUGA